GAAGGAAUGAAUGAAUGAAUGAAUCAGAAAUCCAGUGGAAGUUGACCCUGGGGAAGUGCACUCAGGGGUAGGCUUUUACAUUUUUUUUAGUUUGUUUGUUUGUUCUUCAGUGCUUCUUCCUUUCCAUAAAUACAAACUCUCUCAUACAACCAAGCCCACCCAACAAUACAAUGCCUUUUUUCUCAGCUUCCCCACCACAACAAGACCCAUCUUCAGAGACAAAUGGGAUUGAAGAGCAUCUGUUGGUGGUAAACGAUGAAGAAGGAGGAGGAGGAUUGGAAGAAGAAGAAUCCAAGGUCAAAUUCCGGGUUCGGAAUCUGACCAAGUUAACUGAUGCUGGAACUCCCAUACUAAACAAGCUCAGCGUGGAUAUUCCAAAGGGUGUUAUCGUUGGGAUCAUAGGACCCAGCGGUAGCGGCAAGUCCACGUUUCUCAGGGCUCUCAACCGUCUUUGGGAACCAUCUCCGGAAACCGUGUUCUUGGACGGCCAUGAUAUCUGCCAUCUUGAUGUUCUCAGCCUCCGUCGCAAGGUUGGAAUGCUCUUUCAGAUCCCUGUUCUUUUCGAAGGCUCAGUUGCAGAUAAUAUACGAUAUGGACCUCAGCUAAGAGGUCACAAACUUAGUGACCAUGAGGUAUACAAGUUGCUUACCCUUGCAGACCUUGAUUCAUCUUUCUACAGCAAGAAUGGUAGCGAACUGUCUGUUGGUCAAGCCCAAAGAGUUGCACUUGCUAGGACUCUAGCUAAUGCACCAGAGGUUUUGCUGCUAGACGAGCCAACAAGUGCUUUGGAUCCAAUAUCUACAGAGAACAUAGAAGAUGUCAUAAUGAAGCUGAAGAAGAAGCAGGGAAUGACAACUAUAAUGGUUUCACACAGCAUCAAACAGAUACAGAGGAUUGCAGAUGUACUUUGCCUCCUCGUGAAUGGAGAGAUUGUUGAAGUUCUAAAACCUGAUAAACUUUCUGAAGCUACACAUCCCAUGGCACUACGGUUUCUUGAACUGAGUUCCUAAGAGUCCUCCUAUUUAUAUCUCUCUUUCGUUAUUUGUGGAGUAUAUGGUUUAAAUAAUUGUUGUACAUUAUGUUUGGCAUGUUGAGUUUUAGAAUGAGGUAAUGCUAAGACAUAUUGGCUCAUCCCCUAAA